GUUGUAAAGCUAUACAGGGGCAGGGAGGAGGAAGACCAGUGGUAUGACGCAAGGGAGAACUUUAGCGACGAGGACGAACAGUGGUACGACGUCAACUCGGAAGAGGACCUGAAACCCAUCCUAACCAAGCGUGGUAUGAAAAAGAAGGUAAAAAAGUACGUCAUCAAUCCUAACGGAUCGUAUGACCCGAUCCACUUCCUGGAUAUCACAAAGGACGAGGUUGAGGCGCUCGUAAAUUCCGAAACGGAACCAAGAAACGUAAGCAUGUCCCUAGCAUGCGAAAUGGUAAGAAACGAUCCGAAAACUGAGGAAGAAGUAUCCGCCAUCGCACACUUCAGAUCAAAACCCACAAACUCACCGGUAUAG